AUGGCAGAGUCCAGCGGCAAGGCGGGCAAGCUCGACGACCGCGUGGAGCUGACCACCUCCAAGGAAGUCAAGGUGUUUCCGACGUUUGAGUCGAUGAGUCUGAAGGAGAACCUCCUCCGCGGCAUCUAUGCCUACGGCUACGAGACGCCCUCGGCCGUCCAGUCCCGCGCCAUCGUGCAGAUCUGCAAAGGCCGCGACACCAUCGCGCAGGCGCAGUCCGGCACGGGCAAGACGGCGACCUUCUCCAUCAGUGCCCUCCAGGUCAUCAAUGCGGCGUCCCGCGAGACGCAGGCGCUUGUGCUGAGCCCGACGCGCGAGCUCGCGACGCAGAUCCAGAGCGUCGUCAAGGCGCUGGGCGACUACAUGAACGUGCAGUGCCACGCGUGCAUCGGCGGCACCAACGUGGGCGAGGACAUCCGCAAGCUCGACCAGGGCCAGCACAUUGUGUCGGGCACGCCCGGCCGCGUGGCCGACAUGAUCCGGCGGCGCAACCUGCGCACGCGCAACAUCAAGAUGCUGGUGCUCGACGAGGCGGACGAGCUGCUGAACCAGGGCUUCCGCGAGCAGAUCUACGAGGUGUACCGGUACCUGCCGCCGGCGACGCAGGUCGUGGUGGUGUCGGCGACGCUGCCGCAGGACGUGCUCGAGAUGACGUACAAGUUCAUGACGGACCCGGUGCGCAUCCUCGUGAAGCGCGACGAGCUGACGCUCGAGGGCCUCAAGCAGUACUUUAUUGCCGUCGAGAAGGAGGAGUGGAAGUUUGACACGCUCUGCGACCUCUACGACACCCUGACCAUCACGCAGGCCGUCAUCUUCUGCAACACGCGCCGCAAGGUCGACUGGCUCACCGACAAGAUGCGCGAGUCCAACUUCACCGUCAGCAGCAUGCACGGCGACAUGCCGCAAAAGGAGCGCGACAGCAUCAUGCAGGACUUUCGCCAGUUCAACACGCGCGUGCUCAUCUCCACCGACGUCUGGGCGCGCGGCAUCGACGUGCAGCAGGUCAGCCUCGUCAUCAACUACGAUCUGCCCAGCAACCGCGAGAACUACAUCCACCGCAUCGGCCGGUCCGGUCGCUUCGGCCGCAAGGGCGUGGCCAUCAACUUUGUCACCAACGAGGACGUGCGCAUCCUGCGGGACAUUGAGUUGUACUACUCCACCCAGAUUGACGAGAUGCCAAUGAAUGUGGCCGACAUUCUGUCGUAA